UUGUUUUUUUUGGGUAAAUUGGGAUGAAAAUGAUGGUUCAAUUAUGAAAGUGGACAAAACAAAGUUUAAGUACCAAAAUAAAGAAAAUGACCCUAAAUUGUAAAUUAAGACUUUAAAAACCACUGCAUGCGUAAAAAUUCUUAUCGGGACUUUGGGUGUUGCCAAUUACAAUCUUCGUUCUCUGAAAAUGGUUGCUCUUUUACAAGUGCAGCCACACACUGUACCAUUGACUCUCCAUUUUCACUGCUCUUCUAAAGGCAAGAAGAACCAGAAACAAAAGCGAAGACAGUUUGAGCAUAAUAAAAACACUGCCCCUGCCCUCCCAUUCCCGAGAUCCUCCCCAGGCCCACUCUUUAUCAACAACAAACCCUACCCCCAAACUAAACUCCAAGCAGUAGAGUCUAUCGUUAAAGACCUCGAAGCCUCUGUCAAAAAAGGCAUAAUAAUAGAUUCAGAGAUAUUCUCUUCUCUGUUAGAAACAUGUUACCAACUAAAAUCCAUCGACCACGGCAUCGCAGUCCAUCGUCUUGUUCCCCAGAACUUAUUACGUAAAAACACGGGCAUCUCUUCCAAACUGUUGAGGCUGUAUGCUACGGCUGGACGCAUGGAAAGUGCCCAUCAAGUGUUUGAUCAAAUGUCUAAACGUAACGAGUCUGCUUUUCCCUGGAACUCUCUUAUCUCGGGAUACGCAGAACUGGGACAAUAUGAAGAUGCCUUAGCCCUUUACUUUCAAAUGGAGGAAGAGGGUGUUGAACCUGAUCGGUUCACAUUUCCUCGCGCUUUGAAGGCUUGCGCGGGAAUCGGGUCGAUUCAUGUUGGGCAGGCUGUUCACCGCGAUGUGGUGCGUAAGGGUUUUGGAAAUGACGUGUUUGUGCUUAAUGCUCUUACUGAUAUGUAUGCAAAAUGUGGAGACAUAGUUAAGGCUAGGCGGGUUUUUGAUAGCAUUGCUUGUAAGGAUCACAUUUCUUGGAAUUCCAUGUUGACGGGUUAUAUUCGUCACGGGUUGUUGGCUGGGGCAUUGCAGGUAUUCCGUGGGAUGAUUCAAGAGGGAUUUGAGCCUGACUCUGUUACUAUAUCCACUAUUCUGUCUAGUUUUUGUUCAUUGAAGGCUGCGGCACAGAUACACGGUUGGGUUCUCAGGCGAGGAAUUGAGUGGAAUACAUCUGUCGUUAAUGCUAUGAUCGUUGUUUAUUCUAAUCUUGGCAAGUUAGAUGGAGCAAGUUGGUUGUUUCAACGAAUGCCCGAGCGGGAUAUUGUGUCAUGGAAUUCAAUAAUAUCUGGUCAUAGUAAACACCCAGAAGCUCUGAUGUACUUCGAACAGAUGGUGAGGAGCGGUACUUCACCCAACAGCAUCACGUUUGUAGCAAUACUAUCGGCUUGUGCUCAUUUAGGUUUGGUCAAGGACGGAGAGCGGCUGUUUUGGUUAAUGAGAAAGAAGUACGGGAUUGAUCCGAGAAUGGAGCACUACGCUUGCAUGGUAAAUCUUUACGGGAGAGCAGGGCUGAUAGAUGAGGCUUUCAACAUGAUAGUGGAGAGAAUGGAGUUUGAGGCAGGGCCAACUGUGUGGGGAGCAAUGCUGUAUGCCUGUUCGGUUCAUGGAAACAUACAAAUAGGAGAGAUUGCAGGUCAAAAACUUUUCGAGCUGGAGCCGGAUAACCAACAUAAUUUUGAGUUAUUGAUGAAGAUAUAUAGCGAUGCAGGGAGGGUGGAGGAUGCGGAAAGAGUUAGAAAAUUGAUGUUGGAUAGAGGAUUAUAGUAUAGAGUUGUCUGCUAGUGGUAAAUAGUUAAAGGUGGAAAGCUUACCUCAAGAAACUUUGAUUGGUGAAUCUUUUGUGCCAGAGGGCCUUAAAAGCAAAUCAGUGGUUACAGAUAUUUUUUUGGCUAACAUUAUAUAUCAACAUUUGAUUUGUACAUCCUUUAAUAAAAAAAAGAAAAAACAUUUGAUUUGUACAAUAA